UUUGCAGUCCCCUGUUGGCCCAAUUAUAACCUGAAUUUACCCCCAAGAUCAGAAGCUGGUGAAUCCUCAAGUGCACCCAGCUCCUUCAAAUCAGCGCCAGUAACACCAGAUAAGCAAAAGCAGUCAAAGAGCUCACAGAUUGCUGGAGUACCACAUUUGUUAUUAGACAAAACCUUGAGCCCUGAAAAAGAUGAGCAAGAGAAUGUUGAAAAAUCUCAACCACCCAGAGGUGUUUUUCCUGAGGUAGCAGCAGUACCACAUUCAUUGAUAGGCAAAAUCUCAAGCCUGGAAAGAGAUAAGCAGGAAAAUGUCCAAAUAUCUCAACUACCUGAAGAUGUUCAGGAAAAACAUGAUGAACAUUUGAACAGACUAGACUCAUCAUCUGCAGCCAUUACAACAUCACUUCAGGAAAAGUACAUUUCAGAGGACAAAAAUUAUGGGGGAAUUGAUCUGAACAAGACACCACAGCAGAAACCGCCCAAAAGAAGAAAACACCGGCCAAAGGUAAUUGUCGAACAGAAACCCCAAAGGACUCCAAAACCUGCUUCUACGAACAAUAAUACUCCCAAAGAAAAUACUCCAGGAAAAAGGAAAUAUAAACCCAAAAAGGACAUCAAGACAUCUACUCAACUGACUGAUGCAAAAAAUAAGGUCAAAGUUGUUAAUCUUAGCUCUGCAGCAAAACCAUGUAGGAGAGUAUUAAAUUUUGAAUUGGAAAAUGGAGUUGAAAAGGAAAGCAAGGAAGGAACAUGUGGUAAGCAGGCAGAGACCAAUAAUGAAAAUAAGUUGCCUUUCAAUUUGAAUUUAGAUUCUCAGGAUGCGGAAUGGUACUUGGGACUCGAUGCGGUAUCUAAAACAUCUAAAGUGAAGGAAGGGCAUCGAAAAGAAUACAGCUUGGAGAAGCCUGAAUCGGCGAAUUUAUAUUCUUCCAUCCGCUCUGUUAAUCAAAUCCUGCCUCAAGUGUCAUUACCUCUUGCAUCUGUAGUACCACCAACUACAGCAAAGGACAGCACUUUGAAUGUGAUAGCAAGGAUUUUGAAUAUGCGAAAUGGCAAAACAAACCAGAGAGGCAGCCAGAAUGGUUACAACCAGGUAAAUCAAUGCAUCAGUGGAGGAGUAGCCCAGCUUGUUAUCCAAGCAAAUGCCACUAAAGCGAAGCUUGAUAGAGAAAGGCAAUUGAUGCGGCUGAGUAGGUCUCGACUUCUAGAAGAUUUGGUGGAUAUAACUGAGGAACGAGGAUCAAAGAGAGAAUAUUCCAACACUCAGCUGACAAAUCCUGGAAUUGUCAAGACAGGCUCUCAACAAUUGUGCCAUAGAGUUUCUAAGACGGGCCAGCAUAGCAGUGAUAGCUGCAAAUUAUGGCAAUUAAGUUCAGGAACUUGUAAGAAAAAGAAGGUCGAGGGUAAAUUUGACGGAACCUCAACCUACUUGCCCUCUUGUAUUACAACUCUUAAAGAUUGCUCAAGGCAGGUUGAAGGAAGAGGCAUUGACAGUGUCCAUGAAAAUAGUUCCAUAUCACACCUGAAUUAUGGAUUACGAAAACCUGAGCUUGAACUAAAAAACACCAACAAUGUAGUCAGCAAGGUCACAAGUGAGAUUCGGCAGCAACAUACUUUAUCGCAAGUGCAUUUUUAUACAGAACAAAUUGAACAGAAGAAAUUCCAUCAAACCACUGAAGCAAAAAGUGUCAACAACCAGACUGCAGUUUCUAAUUGGAAUCUGAAUGAUCCAUCCCAGAGAGAUCCUGUGUCAACCCAAGGAAAUCAAAGUAUAACUUCUCCUUCUCCUUUGUCAGUGAAAAAACAGACCACCGGACCAGCAUUCUCCAGCCAAGCAUUCAGUAUGGACCAAGUGUUUAAGCAAGAGGGCAGGAGUGCACGAGGAUAUCCCAACAAAGAACCUGCCGGCUCACUAGAGGAACUGAGACAUAUAACUUCAGUUGAUGAAAUUAUAGAUCAUUUUAAAGAUCUACACAUUGCUAAUAAUGGCAAGGAAAUUGUUGGGGAAGAGCAAAGUGCACUCAUACCAUACAAAAGAGACAGUGUAAUUGUUCCAUAUGCGGAAUUCAAUCCACUCAGGAAACACAAGCCACGGCCAAAAGUGGAUCUUGACCCUGAGACUAACAGAUUAUGGAACCUUUUGAUGGGGAAGGAAGGAAGUGAAAGCACAGAAACGAUGGAUGAGGGCAGAGAAAAAAGGUGGGAAGGGGAAAGGAAAGUGUUCCAUGGACGAGUAGACUCAUUCAUUGCACGGAUGCAUCUUGUUCAAGGAGAUAGAAGGUUCUCUAGAUGGAAAGGAUCUGUAGUAGACUCAGUAAUAGGAGUGUUUCUCACACAGAAUGUGUCAGAUCAUCUUUCAAGCUCUGCCUACAUGUCUCUUGCAGCCAAGUUUCCUCUCCAAACAACCAUUAUCAGGCCAACAUGCUGCCAAAAUGGUGGAAGUCCAUUGCUUGAAGGAAGACAGGUUCAAAUAAAGUAUCCUGGCCGAAACAAGAUUUAUGACCACAGAAUGAUAAGGCACCCAGUAUACAACUUCAGCUGUGUAACAUCCAGGCAAGCAUGUGAACAUGGGGCAGAAAAUGACAAGAUAGGAAAAACGAGAUUUUUAACCAAUGGGCAUGACAGAAGAAAAGAUGAAGAUGGCAUGUCAUCAGAAAGUUCUAUGGCUGAAAGAAUCCCAGCAUUCCAGGAGUAUCAGUAUCGAGAGACGGGAAGUUCAUUUCCAGAUACCUUGCUUGGUAAUCAGCAAUUAGAAAAUCCAGUGACUAAUAGGCAAAAUCUGAAACUAGAUAGUGGCAGUGUACCACAUGCUUGUCCUUUCACUGCCAACAUGAUGCAUCAUCAGACGCUUGUUCCUCUGUCCACUAAUAAUCAGUUCAGCACAACAACAGACUUGGAAGAAUGGGAAGCACGCUUCCUUGGACUUGCAGAGAAAGAAAGCAUGUCUUCUUUGACUUCAACAGCUUUUGAAAUAACCCCGGAAACCAGUGCAGGACAUACAUGGGAUUGUGUAGGUCCAUGUGCAAAAAGUAGUUUCAUCGCCCAGCAGACCGGAAUACCAACAUUUCAAGAAUCAAGAGCAGCCCAUACAAUUUCAAACUUGCACCAGGAACAGCAAAUCAGUUUACCAGCAGGGUCCCACACAAUAAAGGGUCGGAGGCAUGAGACAUUUCAGCCGGGAAGAAUCUUUGUGACAGAACCCAAUAGACAUGCGGAAGUGCUUAGUGAAAAGCCUAGAGAUAAUCUGAAACACUUGGCAAAUGGAACUAAAGCAAAAGGAUUCGAGCAAGUCACCUCUUUGAGGGAACCGUCCAAUCAGAUAGGUGCCAGAACCUCAAAUGUAAGAAAGAGAAAAGUUGAAAAGGAUAAGAUGGAAGCAUUUAAUUGGGAUAGCUUGAGAAAGCAGGUUGAAUUGAAGGUUGGACGACCAGAAAGAAGCGAGGACACAAUGGAUUCUCUGGACUAUGUAGGAUUAAGAAAUGCUAAUGUUCAUGAGAUUUCUGAAACAAUAAAGGAAAGGGGGAUGAACAACAUGCUAGCAGAGCGAAUUAAGGAUUUUCUGGAUCGGUUGGUUCAAGAACAUGGAAGAAUCGACCUAGAAUGGUUAAGAUAUCUUCCACCAGACAAAUCCAAAGAUUAUCUAUUAAGCAUACGAGGACUGGGGCUAAAGAGUGUGGAGUGUGUACGCCUCUUAACACUUCAUCAUCUUGCUUUCCCAGUUGACACAAACGUUGGACGAAUUGCUGUGCGACUUGGAUGGGUUCCUCUCCAACCACUUCCUGAAUCACUCCAAUUGCAUCUCCUUGAACUAUAUCCAGUGCUGGAAUCAAUACAGAAAUAUCUUUGGCCCAGACUCUGUAACCUGGAUCAGAAAACCUUGUAUGAACUACACUAUCAAAUGAUUACAUUUGGGAAGGUUUUCUGCACAAAGAGAGAGCCAAAUUGUAAUGCAUGCCCAAUGAGAGGAGAAUGCCGACACUUUGCCAGCGCUUUUGCCAGUGCACGACUUGCUCUUCCUGGACCAGAAGAGGGACGUAUAGUGAGUUCAGCUGCACCUACAACUGCAGAUAACUCUUGUAUAACAUUAGGACCUUUGCCACUACCUCCAUUGGAGGAUAACUUAAACAGAGAAACAGGGUUAAGUAUGGGAUCACGUGAUCCUAUUAUUGAAGAACCAACAACACCAGAACAAUUUACAGAAGUAUCGGAAACUGACAUUGAGGAUGCAUUCUAUGAGGAUCCCGAUGAAAUCCCUACCAUCGAACUCAAUAUAGAACAAUUCACCACAAAUUUGCAGAGCUUUAUGCAAGAACACAGCAUGGAAAUGCAAAAAGGCGAUAUGUCCAAGGCCCUGGUUGCUUUGAGUCCAGAACUUGCUGCUAUUCCAAUGCCCAAACUGAAGAAUGUGAAUCGAUUACGGACAGAGCACCAAGUGUAUGAACUCCCAGAUUCACAUUCACUUCUGAAAGGGCUGGACAGACGAGAGCUUGAUGAUCCUAGUCCAUACCUUCUUGCUAUAUGGACACCCGGUGAAACCGCAGAUUCAAUUCAACCUCCUGAAAGUAAAUGCAAUCCUCAAGAUUUAGGGGGACUCUGCGAUAAGAAGACGUGCCUUUCAUGCAACAGUGUAAGAGAAACACAAUCACAAACAGUGAGAGGCACACUUCUGAUACCGUGCAGAACAGCAAUGAGAGGUAGCUUCCCACUCAAUGGCACAUACUUCCAAGUCAAUGAGGUAUUCGCCGAUCAUGAAUCCAGUCUUAAUCCUAUUGAUGUUCCAAGAAAUUUGCUAUGGAACCUGCCAAGACGAACAGUUUUCUUCGGCACCUCUGUCUCUACCAUUUUCAAAGGUUUGUCAGCUGAAGAUAUUCAAUACUGCUUCUGGAAAGGAUUUGUUUGUGUUAGAGGUUUUGACCAGAAAUCGCGGGUACCUAGACCUCUAAUGGCUCGGUUGCAUUUUCCUGCAAGUAAGUUGGCAAAGAAGAAUGAACAGAAGAUAGAAGGAAGCAAUUCUGCAGAGCGAAACCGAAACCGAAACCGAAACCAAAACCAGAAAGGGGAGGGGCCCCGUCAGCCCCGAUGAAGGCAAUGUACAAGUUCUCCGGAAUAAGGGUUUUUCUCCUUGAGAAAAAGAAUUACCCAGGAUUGGUUUUUGACAGAGGAUGGCAUAUAUACAUGUCAAAAGAGUCCCAAUAUUAAUAGUGUGAAUGGAGAAACUAGCUGUAAAAGGAAAUAUAAUUUUUGGAAUGUAAUAUUGACUGAGUAUCAAUCAAAUAUGGUACUCGGAAUUCGGAAAUGGCAAGUUCACAUGCAGGUUCAUGCGUAUUUUAGAACAAUAUUUGGUAAUACAUCCAUUCUAGAAAAAAAGUAUUUUUUAGUA